AUGGCUUCUGACCUCUCUGGCAUCAACAAGUGUUUGUUGCAAAGCGAAGCUCUUCAGAAGUAUAUUUUUGAGACAAAUGUGUACCCAAGAGAGCAUCAACUGCUUAAGGAUUUGAGAGAAGAAACUGAAACUAAGAUUCCCAGCAGGGCUUUGAUGAGUGUGCCUCCUGAUGAAGGGCAACUGCUUUCUAUACUACUUAAGGUGAUGAACGCCAAAAAAACCAUAGAAAUUGGGGUUUUCACAGGUUACUCCCUCCUCACUACGGCUUUAGCGUUACCUAAAGAUGGCAAGAUUACGGCGAUCGAUAUCAAUAGAUCAUACUAUGAAAUCGGCCUACCUUUUAUCCAGAAAGCAGGAGUUGAGCACAAGAUCGAAUUCAUCGAAUCAGAAGGUCUUCCUGCCCUUGACAAAUUGGUGAAGGAAGAUGAUCUCUUUGAUUUUGCAUUUGUGGAUGCUGACAAGACUAACUACCACAAUUACCAUGAAAGGUUGCUGAAGCUAGUCAAAGUUAAUGGCCUGAUUCUGUAUGAUAACACGCUCUGGUUCGGAACCGUCACUGGCUCGCCAAAACCGAACUAUCCAGAUUGGAUCAACUAUAACCUAGAGAGCAUCAUCAAGCUAAACAAGCAGCUGGCCGCGGAUCCAAGGGUCGAACUUUCGCAGGUCUGCAUCGGUGAUGGGGUCACCAUUUGCAGGCGCAUAGCCUGAGCUGAGUUUGAGAAAUCCGAGAGCUUUUAAGGAUAUUGAUUCCUGAAGGAUAUAAAUAGCAUGAG